AUGAAAGCCAAAGUCCUGAGCACGUUGAGAGAACGCAGAGCUGUCCCAGUUGACGACAGUCUAGCACCCCCGUAUACCGGAUCCUGGAAACUCCUAGUGACCCCAAUACCGCCCGCACAGGGUUCGCCACUGCGUUUCAAACGCAUGCUGCUCUCCCUAUCCAACAUGCCGUUACAGUGGGAAAACCCAGGGCUACUCGACGAGGCCCUGUGCGUAGUUCCGCUGGAGCGGUUGUACAGCGAAGCCGAUGAGGAAUCCUCGAUUCUGGAAGCCGAGGCCGCUAGCCUAGGCGACGGGGGAAGAGCAGCUUGGGGCUACCAAGACUGCGUCGUCAGGGCGCUAUUGCGCUGGUUCAAACGCUCUUUCUUCACCUGGUCCAACAACCCUCCCUGCAGCGCGUGCCAGAAUGCUACAACCGCAGUGGGCAUAUGUGCACCCACGGACGAAGAGCAAGCCCGGAGCGCGAAGCAGGUCGAGCUCUACAAGUGCGCGAGUCCCAGCUGCGAUGCAUACGAGCGCUUCCCUCGCUACAGCGACCCGUUCGUCCUGCUGCAGACGCGAAGAGGGCGAAGCGGGGAGUGGGCCAAUUGCUUCGGCAUGCUGUGUCGAGCCCUGGGGUCUCGUGUCAGAUGGGUCUGGAAUGCGGAAGACCACACCUGGAUCGAGACGUUCUCGGUCCAUAGGAACCGCUGGGUCCAUGUCGACCCUUGCGAGGAGGUUUGGGACCAGCCACAGCUCUACACCGUUGGUUGGGUGAGGAAGUUGACAUACUGCAUCGCCUUCUCCACAGACGGUGCUGUGGACGUAACGCCUCGCUACGUCCGAGGAGUCAAGCAUAGUUCUCCGAGAACUCGAUGCACCGAGGCCGAACUGCUACACAUCCUAGCCGAAAUCACGAUGAAGCGCCGCGAGACCAUGAGCGAGCAAGACACGGCCAAGCUGAAAGAUGAACACGAUUGCGAAUCCAUGCAGUUCCGCAAGUACCUGAUCGCCGGCCUCGUGCACGAGGUCUGCAAUCACCUCACGCAACAUGGGACCCGUGGCCGCUGUGACGUGGACGCUGAGCCCGGCAAAAGCCUCGGGGAGAGAACGAGUGGCGAUCGUACGUCGUGAUGCAGCCCUAUCGAACUCACUUGCUGACUUUUGCUAGUUGCAUGGAUCCAGCGUCGAAACGAAGCGGGCUGACGUUAGUAGCAGACGACAAGUGUGAGAGUGGCUCAGUGAUUAUUGUCGAAGUAGCUGCGCUCCGGCCAAACGUCACAACUUCCAAGAUAGCAGCGACCCAGAAUUGCGUAACUCGUGACGCUCACUCCCUCAGUCUUUGUUUCUCUAUCCUUACAUAUCAACACCCUCCUCUUAGAUUCUACGAGUACCGCUGCAUGACCUCGGCGACCUUCUCGCGCACACCCUGCUUGCCGUCGUACUUCUCGAGCAGACUCGCGACAGCAUCGUCGGCCUUCUUCCCGCUCAUCUCACGCAGAAUCUCAUCUUCCUUGGGCAGCCCGAUCCAGGCGUGCGGGUACUCCUUGUAGUCGCCCUCGCUGAUGAGCGGCAGCGUCUCGCCGUUGGCCUUGCCGGCGAAGAAUUCGUGGACGUCGCUC